AUGUACUGCGCCGAGGGAUCCAAGCCGGCAUUUAGUCGGCGAUUAGCGCUUUUCCAUAAUUUCCCCACCGAGGCGGGGGUAGAACAAACGGAAUGGAUUGAUAUUAGACCUACGUCAAGUCCAGUACACGGGGGCGCAGUAGAGUUUAAUAUAUCGGGGUCAGGUACAAAUUAUAUCGAUUUACAAAGAACAAGACUCUACGUGCGUUUGAGACUAUUGCAUGAAGAUGGUUCCAUUUUAAACGAGAAAGAAAAAGUUGCUCUUAUUAACCUCCCCUUACACUCUAUGUGGAACCAAGUAGAUAUUUCCCUACAACAACAAAUCAUAACUUCGAGCGUUUCUAACAAUUACGCGUACAAAGCCUACAUUGACAUGCUUUUAAAACACGGCACUCUUCCGAAUGAUCCCGAAUGCCAGACUCAGCUCUACAAUCAAGACAACGCCGGAAGUUUUGAUGACGCCGAUCCGAUCACCGGUAGCAAUUUAGGUCUUUACAUAAGGAGCACUUUUACUGAAGGUAGUAAAAGUUUAGACCUAGAGGGACCUAUAUUUACAGACAUUUGUCAACAAGAGCGGUUUGUCAUCAAUGGGGUUCAAGUGGGAAUUAAACUUUGGCCCGCUAGAGAAACCUUUUGCCUCAUGUCGUCCGAAAGCGCUGUCCGAUAUAAGCUACAAAUAGAAGACUGCGUCUUGAAAUGCUGUUACGUAAAGAUUAACCCCGGGGUCAUUCUCGGACACAGCGAGGUUCUCCUCAAGCAGCCUGCCAUUUACCCGCUUCGACGCUCCGACCUGAAAUGUUUUACUAUCGCCGCCGGUCAGUUCCACAUGAACAUUGACGACGUGUUUCAGGGAGAUAUUCCGGAAAGCUUAGUAGUCGGUCUGGUUUCUUCCAGAGCCUACAGCGGGGACUACACCCUCAACCCUUAUAAUUUUCAACAUUUUAAUUGUAAUUUCGCCGCUUUCUACGUGGAUGGAAAAUCGGUACCGACAAACCCGAUAGAGCCCAAUUACAGCAAAAGUACUUACAUUUCAGCCUACCUGUCUCUGUUUUCCGGAAAAGUAACUAACACACAAAUCAUCAUCGGACUCAUCACUCUCCGCAUAGAGAUCAAGGCUCAAACUCUCGUCUGA